CUCUAGUCCACGGGAGCCGAGCUGGGCCAAACCCAGUGCUGCCGCGGCCUCCUUCUCUUCGCGUCCACCCCCGACACCUGCCAGCGCAGAGUUGGCGGCAGCGGCUGCCUCGGGCUUUGUCCCCUCUCCCCCCUUCCGUUCCUCCCCUUCACGCGGGGCGACCGCCUGCGGCAGAGGUCGGCGCCGCGGCCGCGGCCCGCGCCGCCCCGCCCGCCGCCUCCGCGCGCCCCCCUCCCGCUCGCCGCCCGCCCGCCCUCCCGGAGGCGCCGCCGGCAACGCCGCCUCCGCCCGCGGGGCCCGGGCCGUGCCGGGGGAGGAGGGGGAGCAGCGCCGCCGCCGCGGCCGGGCCCGUCCCCUACCGCCUCCCCCGAACACCAUAGGCAGCUCCGGCACCAAGAUGUCCAACCGGGUGCUUUGCCGGGAGGCUAGCCACGCCGGCAGCUGGUACACAGCCUCAGGACCCCAGCUGAAUGCACAACUAGAAGGCUGGCUUUCUCAAGUACAGUCCACAAAAAGACCUGCUAGAGCCAUUAUUGCACCCCAUGCAGGAUAUACCUAUUGUGGAUCUUGUGCAGCCCAUGCUUAUAAACAAGUGGAUCCUAAUAUUACCCGAAAAAUUUUCAUUCUUGGGCCUUCCCAUCACGUGCCCCUUUCCCGAUGUGCACUUUCCAGUGUGGACAUUUACAGAACACCUCUGUAUGAUCUUCGAAUUGACCAAAAGAUUUAUGGAGAAUUGUGGAAGACUGGAAUGUUUGAGCGUAUGUCACUACAGACAGAUGAAGAUGAACACAGUAUUGAAAUGCAUUUGCCUUAUACUGCUAAAGCCAUGGAAAGCCAUAAGGAUGAGUUUACUAUUAUUCCUGUGUUGGUCGGAGCACUGAGUGAGUCAAAAGAGCAGGAAUUUGGAAAACUCUUCAGUAAAUACCUAGCUGACCCUAGUAACCUCUUUGUGGUUUCUUCUGACUUUUGCCAUUGGGGUCAGAGGUUCCGUUACAGUUACUAUGAUGAAUCCCAAGGAGAAAUUUAUAGAUCCAUUGAGCACCUAGAUAAAAUGGGUAUGAGCAUUAUAGAGCAGCUAGAUCCUGUAUCUUUUAGCAACUACUUGAAGAAAUACCAUAAUACAAUAUGUGGAAGACAUCCUAUUGGCGUAUUAUUAAAUGCUAUCAGUGAGCUCCAGAAGAAUGGAAUGAAUAUGAGCUUUUCAUUUUUGAAUUAUGCUCAGUCAAGCCAGUGUCGAAACUGGCAAGACAGCUCAGUGAGUUACGCAGCUGGAGCACUUAUGGUCCACUGAACUGCUGAAUGCUCAGGGAUGGCACCUGCACACACUCUGUAUACGGGGUCCCAGCCUAGCCCUUACAAAGAUACAGUCCUUGGUCUUUGGGUAUACUGAAACCUCAAACUAAUAGAACUCUCUUCUUUUGUAGUAGGUGUAGUCCUUCCUUAGUUUUGACUCAUUUAAAAAUGCUUUCUUGUCUAGGACAACAGAAGGAAGGCUGGUAUCAAAACCUUUUGUGAUCUUUUUUUCUCUUUUCUUUU